AUGGCACUGAAGGAGCAGAGAAGCGGGCAAAAUGACAACGAUGUGAUGAAGGCUGCCUUGGAUAUCUUCUACAAUGACAAGGGCAUUAAGUUCAACUUGGAACAUGCGUGGAGGGAGCUUAGGCAUGAUGUGAAAUGGUGCUCCACCUAUCUCGAGAAGAACAGUGGUAAGGACAAGCGCAAAACAGUUGAUUCUGAUGCUCAAGGGUCAGUGACAGAGCCACAAGAGAGACCCAUAGGAGUUAAGGCAGCUAAGGCUGCUGGAAAGAGGAAGAAAAUUGGAAAAGAAGAAGAAUUAGGACAACUAAAAGAAAUGAUGGAGACCAAAAAGCAAAUCUCAAAUCAGAGUUUGCUUGCAAGUUUGGUUGCAAAGACCGAGCCACUCUCUGAGAUGGAAUUAGCUCUGAAAAUGAAAUUAAUAUCUGAGAUGUUGUGA